AACAUUUUUAAAAUAACGUUAAAUUUUGCGGACAUGAGGUUUUUGUCCUAAAUAUUCAAAUGCAAAAACAGCAGUAAGUCAACAUUUUAACGCUUAAAAAUCUGCGGGUGGAACUUUUGUGAAAAGAACUAAUAACAUCAUGUGAUGAUUACUAGAUCUUUCGUUUAUCUAUAAAACAUAUAAUAAACUGGACAAAAAGUUGACUUAUUUUGCUUCGCUUUUCAAGGUGUACAUUUUUUUCAUUUCAUUUGCGAUGCUUUAGAAAGAAUAUCUGAAUUGCUCUCGAUGUAAUUGGCAAUGAUUCUCCAAUGAUCGGUUGAUCCGAAUCCCGAUGGAUGCGAGUGGUGGAGGAUGUUGAUCCGCAUCCGGAUCCGGAAGCAAACUUGUAUGAUCUCUCCUCUCUCGUUGUGAUAAAGCAUCCUCCUCACUGCUUUGCAGAGACAAUGCUAAUUCAAGCACUUCAAUUUACCGGGUGCUCGAUGGAUCGGCACUUUAGAAACUGAAAAUGAACAAAACAAUGUUCGGAUUUCGAUUUAAAAUUUAAACGUGGCCCUUUGCUUUGCUUCUCAAUUAAGCCUAUAUUUUUUAUCUUUUUAUGCGGUAUAAUCAUCGCGAUGCAUCGUUAUUUUCUGUUCCCGAUGGGAUUUGGUUUCACACUUUCGAGCAAAUGAUUUCAGCAAAACAUUUUCUGGAUCAUGUCGUGAUUCCCUUGCCGGAAUCAGCGAAGAACAGCAGAGCUUCAGCCUCGACCACCGCGAGGGGAUGAUCUUGAAUGCCGAUCAUGGACUGUCGAUCGAUUCCUCGACUCAAUGAUCAAGAGGCGCAUCGAGCCCUGGAGCUGCUGGAGGAAUAUCAUAGCAAGCUGACUCGCCCACAGGACAAGCAGCUGAAGAAUGCCAUUGAGAGAGUCAUACGCAUCUUCAAGUGCCGGCUCUUCCAGGCCCUGCUUGACAUCCAGGAGUUCUACGAGGUGACUCUGCUGGACGACUCGAAGAGUGUGCAGCAGAAGACGGCAGAAACCCUGCAGAUCGCCUGCAAGUGGGAGAACUCCUCUUUGCCCCUCUCUUCGCUCACGGCAGGGACGUUGCUAGACUUGGAGAAUCCAGCGAGAAGCAUCACAAUUCUGCAGUGAAGAGCAGAACUAGGACUUAUAAAGCUUUCUGCCCAAAACCAGCAUGAGUCAUCCAUGGAUUUGCCCGUAGUUGUUUUGUUUUAUUUAUUUGAGCAUGUCUUUUUCUGCUUUUGU